AAUCCGAAAUCCCUUUUCUUCGCAUUCCUACUUACACAGUAUUGGCUUUGGGCUUCUUUCCUUCCCUCGCUCGGCAUUCUUCCAAAGCUCAGAUCGUUAUAUUAAACCUCAAUUCAUUCCACGUCUCACUCAGAUCUUUCACUGAUAAUAAUGGGAAGGCCAACAAAGGCUGUUGAUUAGAUUCAGGAUUUGAGAUGGAGAAAGUGAAAAUUUCAAAUUAGGGCUUGCUAUGUAUUAAUCUUAUUUGCACUACGGAUGGAAGAAAACAAGGAAGGAUCCAUAAAAUUGGAGGCCCAGGAGAAGACUGGGAAGAGACCCUCCAUUUUCAUCGUUGGAUGUCUCAAUGUCGGCAAGCGCACACUACUCUCCCGGCUUGCCUCUGUGGAGUUUGAAGAAGAAGAUAGCUCCCAAGUGGUUGUCAAUGGCUGGACUAUCAAUACCAAAUACUACUCUGCUGAUGUUUCUCUGUGUAUGGCUCAUCUUCAAGAUGGAUUUUCAGUUCAAACCCUCCCUAUAUUUGACCACUCAACUGCCUUGGUCAUGGUUUUUGAUAUGUCUAAUUUGUCAACUUGGCUGCACUUCAGGAUUGGGUGUCAUCCUGUCCAUGCUGAAUACAAAAAACGCCAACUCAAACUUGCUGAUUCCUCUACUCAUCCUUCAUAUGAUUUCACUCAAUAUGGAAUUUCUGAAGAUGAAGGAAGCAGUUUAUUGGGAGAUGUAGACCCAUCCUCAAACAUUCAUAGGAAAUGCUUGGAAUGGUGCAUUAACAACAUUGAGUUCAUUGAAGCUUUGCUUCUAAUGCUGAUUUUGACAAAUGAGCUCCUAAUCCUUUUAAAUCGUUUGCUAUUCCUUCUCGGAGUGGAAGGAGCAGGAGAUUGGAAACGCAUCAACACCGCGUCUAACGUUCUAAAGAAAACAUCUUGGUCUUCCACAGGCACUCCAGAAAGUGUCUGUCAUUCACCUUGCCUGGCCAAGGCAGGUUUUGUCAGUGAUGAUGAAGGAGUUGAACGUCUGUAUGGUGCUCUUUCUGCUCAUAUGUGGCCUGGAAUGGUUCUGAAAUCUGGUGAUACGAUAACUGAACCUACGCUACCCGAGAAAGAAGAUUCAUCAGAAGAAGAACCUGAUUAUCAGUUUGAGUAUGAACUGCUAUCUGCGGGUUCAGCUGAACCAGGGGAUGACAUGUUCGACGAGUGGGUUUCUGCAAGUGCAGCUAACACAUUCCUGGAUACAGGGAUGUCAGUUGAUGAGGCAAAGUCUGUUACAGAGUGCGUUCAAGGAAACAUAACUAGUUAUGAAAAGGAGUCGUAUGCUGCUUCUCCAAUGGUUUCUACUUCAGGGGAGAAAAUUGAUAGAAUGGAACCCAAUGCCAGAGAACCUGACCGAGCUACAGCUUCGGAAUUAGAUGACGGCCCGCAUUAUGAUUUCGAGGAUUUGGAACAGUUGAUGUCUGAGAUUGGAAAUAUUCGCAGCAACUUGAGGUUAAUGCCUGAUUUUCAAAGGAGGGAGAUGGCUGCCAAGCUGGCUUUUAAAAUGGCUGCCAUGUUUGGAGGUGGCAGCGAUAAUGAAGAGGAGAUAUAACUAAUAUGGGUUUCUCUUUGCAUAAGAACUUUCAGAUUGAUCAUAUGAUUCAUUCCUUAAUCUCGACUGUUCAGAGUUUUUGAGUCACUGAUGAAAC